AAAACGAACUGCGCGCAAACCCACUCCCCCCUCCUCGCAACCCACCAACCUCUCCCGACCCGCAGAGCUUCCCUCCCGCUCCCGCAUCCCGUGCUCACAUCCAACCUUCUUCCUCCCCAGCCACCGCCCCCUCCUACCACCUUCUUCCGCGCCCCAGCGCCCCACCGGAGGAGCCCAGCCGCCGGCUGCCCUACCCAACACGUCGCCACCCUACCCGACGCCCCGCCCCGAGCACCCCCCACCUCCUGAUCCGGCUAUCCGAGAUCCGCCGCCUCCAGCUCUCGCUCCGGCGCCGCCCUCCUGCGGCGAGCUCCCUUCCUUCGGAUCUGUCCAGCCACAUCCUACCUCCCAUCCUCUUCUCCUCCCCCGCCCCCACCUGCGACGCCCUACCACCAGCCGCCCUUGAUUCGGCGAGAUGGAAAGCCAACGCGCGCCACAUGCCCUCCCCGAUCCCUCUUCAACUUCGGCGCGGGUCGAAGAGCACCAGCCGCCACCCGAUGGAGGCGGAGGUGGCCUCCCCCAAUGCACCCCUGCCUGGGGGCUUGCUGCGCCGCCACUGGAUGUCUCUUCUAGUGGAUCUUCGCGUCUUGGCCGACAUCCCUUCCUGGUGCAGUCCACGCUCCGGGGCGGCCAUCUGGGCAUGAGCACCUCGGGCAUGGCCGACGCCGGAUUCCGCCACGCCUUGCUCCUGCAGCAUUCUGUACAGUUCAUUCCGUGGGGGUGUCGCGAUGCAGUACGCAUCGUUGUGGCGAUGUGGCUCGAUGGUAGUGCUCGGUGCGGUUCGGCAGCCUGGCAAGUUUUUUGUUUGUUCUUUGUCUUUGAAAUUGAUUUUUUGUUCAUGUGCUGCAGAGCAGCACCUACGCUUCCGUCAAUUUCUUUUCGUGUGCAAUUUGCUUUGAAAACAGAGAAGGGCUCCGCUCAUAGCAGGAUCAAGGAUCCCCUUCCUCCACCUGGGACAGGAGCACCGCACCUUCGUGCUAUUCGGCGGACCCCGUUUGCGGGUUGCAGCUCGCUUCUGGCGCCGCUGCAGUUUGCGGUUCUGUACGCAUGCAGUGCAGUAGGCGCAUCUCCAUGGCACUUCAGCCACGCCAUGAAAAUCCUCGCCGGAUCCGACGAACCACCACCGGAUUCGUGGAGAUCUUCCCGCCACGACGAGUUUCUACCCCCACAUCAGGCGCCUGGAUCAUGGCGCCCAUCCCACACCCCGGCAGACGUCCCCCCUGCAUCCCUCCCCGCGCACCCUGUGGUCUGCUUCGUCAAGCCACUGGUGCGCCAUGUGCGGCAUCGUGUAGUCCACUGUGUGGGUGCAUGCAGCACGCCCACCCCGCACCCCUGGCGCCGUGCAGUCCACCAAGUGCAAAAGCAGCUUCCUGCGACGCCAUGGAGCUCCCUUUGCUUAGCAAGGUCCAUGGGGAGAGUACCUUUAUGCAGGGGCAGUGCCAUGGAAGGCUUGAGCUCUUCCGCUCCUCAACAAGCAGCAGCAGCGUGACGUUGAGGUCUUCCCCUAUGGAAGGUCAUCGACGGAGCAGCAGGCCGAGCGAUGGUGGUGGCCGACUGAUGGUGACGGGAUGGAGGCUGCUACUGUGUUGUAUGGUAUGAAUCCCUCACACCUUGAUCUCUUCUUGGCUGCUACUACACCAAGAUCAUCUGCAUGCGUGUGUUGUGGUUGUGCAGCUCGGAGAUGCUCGCCAUGCGGUUCAGGGCUCGUGCGCGUGCAUUCCAACGAGCGUCAUCUCUUCCCCUCUGGUCGGUCGACCAUGGCCGUGCAGCUCAGAGACGCUCGCCAUGUGGUUCGGAGCUCGUGCGCGUGCAGUCCAGCAAUUGCCAUCUCUUCCCCCCGCAGUUCGUCGACCAUGCCAUGCAACUCAAAUGCAGUUCUGCUGGUGUAUGUGUGUGGCUGUAAAACAACGAAUGGAUGUAUGUGUGUAUAUGAGCAUCGACGAAGGAGCAAAACAAAAUGUGCGCGUGUAGUUUUGUUAGCUCUGUCGUGCGGUACUUUGUUUUUGUUUUGUGCGGUUGGCUUGUUUGUUAAAAAAAUUCAAAGAAUGUUGGUGGGACAUAUGCAAAAUGUAAUUUUAAAUGCAGUCCACUCGUCCCAUUCA